AGUACUCUGGAUACCCAGGACAGGACCAGUACUCCAGAUGACCAGGGCAGGAAAAAACGUUGGACAAACAGCAAGGCCACGUAUAUUCUGGACACUGAACUUGCUAACUGUACGCUUUUAAUUGGAAGAAAGAAUAUUCAGAAUUUUGCCUUACUUUGAAAUGGAUGAAAAUUACAUUUUACAAUUGAGCAACUGUUGUUUUUCCUAGUUCUGAAAUUUCUCGUUUGAGUGAAUACUAAAUAUGACAUUACGCCAAAAGAUGUAGAACAGUGACAAAAUGCACGUCUAAACAGAUGAAACAAAUGGUAUUUCAUUUGCAUGCAGUUCACAGGCACAUGCUCGAACAUAUUCAACCAACCAUACUCAGUGACGGGUCCAUGUAACUCAGAACUGCACGGGAGGUAUAUGUAGUUGUGGAAUGAGCCGUCGUUCAUCAAUUAUUGUGUAACGAUAUAGAGUAUUCGACCUUGUUUCCUUCAUCGUUAAUCUUUUUGAUUUCAAAUUCCUGACGCACUAUAGAAUCCUGACCGGUGCAGUGGCGUAGCCAAGCUCCUCAAAGAGGGAGGGGCAAAGGAGAAGAGUUCCGGAGGGGGGGAGUUGCCUCCUAGCCUCCUGGGGCGUAGCCGGCUACGCCACUGCAUCGGUGGCGGGUGGAUCUUUGCUGGAAUCCACCGACUAAUGCAUGCCAAAAUUCUUGUUUUGUCCGGUGUAUUUCUUGUGAUGACGUGCGUAUUUCGGAAUGACAGUUUGUAUGGUACAAUAGGGCCUAGGCCUAUGUACGGCAAGUAAAAAUGGCACCAUAGGUCGCGGUAAUCAGUAAAUGCAUUAACCUGGUGAAAAAUAACUCCCAUCACGUGACACAAUUUUGCCAAAUGAACCCUGCACUUAAUCAUAGAGCUACAAACCUCUAUGACUUAACCAAGCAUUGAUUCAGUUCAAAGGUCUUAAAAUGUGGAAAUUCCCGUUGAUUUCUACUUACGUCUACGGCCCCAAUCCAAAUAGUCUCGAACAGAUUCGAAGUGCAAAACUAUUGCUUUUGGACCGAGUUUUUCUGAGCUUGUUCGCAACUCUUAUUACCGGUUGAAGCAUUGGGUAUCACUGAGUACUAGCUACAGAUUUCAAAGAUGGACAACUUCAAACGCUUAAUGAGAGCCGUUGGAAUCAUUCAUCUUAUUGAUGGGAUAUUACUACCCAUUCUAUGGGGGCUGGGAUUCCUCUUUGUUGGGACUUACUACAGUCCUAUCGCUGCACCGGUCUGGGGCGGUGCAUUGUUCUUAAUUCCGGCGGGUAUUCUGAGCCUAGUUGUGAUCUCUACAAGGAACAGGAAAUUGCUCGUGACGUGUGGGGCUUUCAAUUUAAUGGGAGAAGUCGCAGUCUGGAUAGCUGGCGGCGCGACAGUUUAUGUAUUAAUUGCCGAUUUAAACCUUAGUGAUGAGUUGUACAUCGCUGAUGUCGCAAUUGACAUUCUUACCAUCGUGCUGUGUGGCUUAGAGAUAGUAGCGUGCUUCAUCGGUGUUCGAGGCAUCAGGUAUGCGAUUGGCAUGUUGGAAGAGCAAUCGACGCAGGCUAACGGUACCACUGUGGUGUGCAAUGCCCAAGGAUGUGAUAACCCAACAAUGCAGCAGCAUCCAGGACAGCCAGCACAGGUGCAGAUUGUCGGCGCAUCAACACAAGGGCAGUACCCUGAACAGCAGGGGCACUACCCUGGACAGCAAAAGCACUACCCUGGACAUGCGUCAGGCAAUCUGAGUGUAGUCAGAAAAGCUAAGAGACUUGACCCUGUUGCGUGA